UCCUUCGCAUAUAAAUAAGGAACUUUCAAAUUAAACCAAACAAAACACGAAAAACGCGUAAAUACAUAGUUGACAAGCUUAAGAAAAUUUACGAGCUACCUCUAGUGCUUAAAUCAUUCUCUUUUUUUUUAAUAACCAAACAAAAAAGAAGCAUACAAGUUUGUCGGAGAUUAGAUGGCGAAAAUAUCCGUGGCCGUGCUGUUGUCGGUAUUGCUAAUUGUUUCGAUAAAUUCGGUGGAUAUCUUGGCCGAGGAACAGCCGACGGUUGGGCAGAGGAUAGACUCGGCCGUGACGGGUGUCACCAAUGCAUUCAAUGAACACGGCGGCCCACAAGCCGUUGACACCGUAUCAUCCACCGUCAAAUCCGUUUACGGAUGGUUCAGUGAAAAAGCCAAGGAAUGGGGAAUCCACUUCUAAAAGGAUGAAUAAGCAAAGUUCCUUAAGUUGUGGUGUGUUAUACCAAAUAGAGCGGAAAAAAAAAAAUCGACUUAUGUGUAACUGAUUUCAUUUAUUUAAUCUUCAAUGCAUACAUUGUAACCGGUAACCCAAUGUUUUUAAACAAAAUGCAUAAGCUCGAUUAUUCUUCU